UACGUGUCAUUUCCGUGGCGGCGCUGCUGUCCAUACUUAUUUUGGUCACGUGACCAAUUCAACCGCCAAAAUAAUUGUCACUUUUUUUCGCCGACCCACAGAAUUUUCUGUCGUUAGAAGAAAACGGUUAAUUUCCUCGCAUUUCUUGAUUCUUUAUCGUUAAAAAUACUCAAAAACACGUGCUAAGCCUUUGGCUGAAGUGAAACUUUAUCAAAAACUUGUAAUUAUGGCAAAAGUGCACAUAACCAAUGUUGUUGUACUCGACAAUCCUAGUCCGUUUCUAAACCCUUUCCAAUUCGAAUUAACCUUCGAAUGCAUCGAAGAACUAAAAGAAGACUUAGAAUGGAAGAUGAUAUACGUUGGAUCCGCCGAAACAGAAGAGCACGACCAGGUGUUAGACACGAUAUACGUCGGCCCAAUACCUGAAGGCAGGCACAUGUUUGUUUUCCAAGCGCCACCACCUGAUGUGACACGGAUACCCGAAAACGACGCUCUAGGCGUCACAGUGGUACUCCUAACAUGUUCCUACAGAGGCCAAGAGUUCGUGAGAGUAGGUUAUUUCAUUAACAACGAAUACUCUGAAUCAGAGCCUGAAUUACGUGAGAAUCCACCACCGAAGCCCCGUUUUGACAAAGUAGUGAGAAAUAUCCUCGCUUCCGAGCCCCGUGUGACUAGAUUUAAGAUCAAUUGGGCUGAACCUGACGCCGCGGCGGCUACGGACUCUGGAGACGGUAAUUUGGAGACGUCUCACGCCCCUAGCAAUGAUUCUUAUGGUGCAUCGUUCAAUGCUGACAGUCAGAUCAGUGGGAUUGAGUUCCAAGGGAGUUUGAGUGGAUAUGGUGACAAUUCUAACUCAAUAGCGCCAAUGGAGUGCUGAGAUGACCAAAUAAUAGUGUAGGAAAGUAAUUGGCUUAGAGAAGUAUAAAUAAUGGACUAAACUUGUAAUCUUAGUGUGGUGUGUUUGUGUAAGCAGUGCUAUUUAACGUGCUGAAAUUUAUGACAGUCAAUAAAAUAAAGUGACUGUUUUAUAUAAACUACUCCUAAAUGUUAGACUAUGAGAAAUCCACUACACUUGUUCAUACAAAAAUCGUCUCUAAACUUAGGAAAUAAGGUAUAUAAUGCAGUUAGUGUAGAGUGGUCACCGGUGACUGCUUGGGCAUUGACCAGCAUCCAUUGUUGUGGAGGCAACUUGACACUUUUUGUUUCUUAACCCAUAAAUCCCCAAGCGGUCACCGGUGACCACUUUCCACUAAUAUUACAUUAUAUUAUAGACCUUUUUUCUAAUGUUUAGAGACUACUUUUGUAUGACCAAAUUUAGGGGGUGGACCUGGAUUUCAACGGGUUAAAAGAGAUGAUAGAGAGAUUUAAGCAUAUAUAAACUAAGGGUUACAGAUCACACAUAACAGCCUAUAAGAGGCCACUGCUGGCCAAAGGCCUCUUGCACAGGGAAGGCUUGAGAUUGAGAUUAAUCACCAAGCUUGAUUUCAAAGAAAAUUAGUCUUCUUAAAGCCAGAGUGUUGCAGCUGAGGGAACGAGAUCUCGCUAGACGACUUGUAUAGCUCUGUUUCUUUCCCUCAAUGGAAUCAUUCUGACUUCAGGACGUUAUAAUAACCCCGCAGGUUUCCUCACGAUGUUUUCCUUCACCGUUUGUCAGUGGUGUCUAAAUAACAUUAGAAAGUACAUAUAACUCUGAAAAAGUUACAUUGGUACUUGCCCUUGGUAGGUUUUGAUCCGAACUCUCAUCCAUAAGAAGAGGGCGUCGGGUCCUCCGGGCCACCACGACUUUGGGAGACUAACAUGCUGUUUAACCCUUAUUUGGAGGAGGAUAAACCUGGAUUAAGUUUCCUUUUUAGUAGUUUAACUGGCAGAUCUUUCAUAUGUACUUUUAAUUCUUUAAACACGUUGCCCCACAAUGAUUUUCUCCCGUGUCGUGGGUGCGUCUACAAACAUACGAGUUCACAUACACAUGACACCUAGACCUGGAACAACUAUCUGUAGGUUACACAAAGAGAUGCUCUGUACGGGAAUCGGACCCGCGACACCUUGCGCGGUAGCCACUUGCCCAGCUACCGCACCAAACGUGUUUUGAAGUACUAAUCCGAGUUUUCUUUUUUUUUUGUCAUGUGCUAAAGUGUUAGUUAUGCUAACUGUAAAUUCUUUCACACUGAAACAGCCUGUUUAUAUGUACUCCUCUGUCUAUUUGUGAAAAGUUAAAAGUAAUGUUACAACAUUAAUAUUGGAUUAUGGUAAAAAAGUUUAUAUAAAACAGUUACUUAAAAUUUGACUAAGGAUCGAAGUUUGUAUUCAACAUUUAGGACUAGUAUAUCGUGUAUAAUAUCAUUAGGUUAAUAGUAUUUUAAAAGAACUGCUUCAUUAGAAGGACAAGUUGCGAAACGAUGGACACCUGGAACACCAGAGGAUAUUUAUUAUUCCUUGUUGUCUAUUAAAGUCGUCACAAAUCAAUACGACUAUCAAUACUGAUAGUGAAUACUUUCAUUCACUAUCAGUACUGAUAGGGAAUGAAAGUAUUAACUGUGUAUUCAUAUUACAAAGGUGCUCUUUCAUAACUGUAAAAGCAAAAUAGGUUGCUUAUGGGACGACGUGCUCCAUCGUAGACCGCAUCAUCGCUUAAAACCAGGCAAGAAAGUGGUCAAACGUCGGCCCAUCAAAUAUAAUUUAAAAAUAAGUUCUUGGCGACUGGCAGAGCAAACAAAUAUGUUUGUAAUUUCAUAGCAGUCUGCGAUGUUCGCUGCACUUUCCCCUCCUCUGGGUUGAUUUAUUAAAAAUAACUGCUAAUUCCAGCUUCCACAGAUCAUAUUGUUGUGGAUGGAAUAGAAUUAGAGCUUGCACUCUCAAAAAGCCGGCUCGUUACUCCUCUGGUGUUGCGGGUGUCCAUGGGCGGCGCAGAUUGCUUACCAUCAGAUCAUCCAUCUGCACGUACGCCAUAAAAAAAAUCUAAUAAAGUAGUGUCUUAAAAUAACCCUUUGUGACAUGAACUUAUAAUAAGUUAAUACAAAAACAAGAGAAUGUGUAAACUCUUGCAAAAACAAUGACUAUGAGUUAUUCUAUUUGAAAACCAUGAAGGGAAUAUGAUCCAAUAAAAAUACUGAUGCUAAUAAGUUACAAUUCUUUUAUCUCACGAGCGCGGGUGAGCCAUAGUUGUAGUUCGUAUAGACACGCGCGCUUGUGUGCGUAACUCAUUCAUUGCCAUGCCGGCCGUAACUGAGCGUUCCCGAACGUACGCAAACAAAGACAAUGCGCAUUGUGCAUGUACCCACAAAAGUACCUAUGGCGCACCCGCCGCGCUCUUGAGAUAAAAUAUUAAUUGUACCGAUGAGGCUUGACAACGCGGGAGGAUGACCUGUUAAAUAAAACUGAAGUUUUUUGAAGAAUCACCCAUCCCCUUUGGGGGCUUAAAGACGUCAUAUAUAACUCAAUACUAACAUGUUUCUAAAUAAAAAACUAGCGUACAUAACAGAAUUUUGUAUUAAUUUUAGUGUCUACACGUGACCCCAAAACAGUGGGGUCAAUAGCCCCCUCACUUUUGGGUUGUUGGGUUUGUGAUCCGACGUAUUUUAUUUAUUUUAUAUCUAUACAUUUUGAAAUUAUGUUGUAUUUUUUUUUCAUUCACUAGAACAUUUUUUUAAAUUUUAGUGUUCAUAAUUGAGGUUUGUAAUGUCACAGUUUUAGGGCAAUAAAUGCAAGGAAUUUAGUACUAAACAAGUUUUUACAAUUAAGGCAUGUUGUUUAAAAACUAGGUAAUAUGUUAUAUCUGAGAUCUAAAUAAGGUAUUUAUACAUUUUAUAACACUAUGGGGUCAAAAGACCCGGGGGAAGGGGUCAAUAAGCCCCUUAACUUUAUAAGCGAAUGUAAAGUGUUUUAGUUCAAUUUUUAGCUUAAGUAUUUGUUAUUAAGAUUCAUUUUUAAGUAAGUUUGGUUUUUAACAAAGAAAAGUCGAAAUCUACCGUUUAAAUUGACAUUAGCUGGUCUCUAUUUCACUCCAAAGUUACUAUUGAUGCGGAAAGUUAAUGUCUGCAACAAUUUUCCUAAAGUUAACUUAGCAACCUGAUAUAUGCAGUCAUGAAUUUAGGCUCCUGUCAUAAUAGCCGUUCUCAAUUCAAUAGCUUUGGCAUGAAGACCCUUGUCCCACCGCCGGCGAGAAAACUAACCAUUAGCUAUUUUCUCUAUCAAGAAACGUAUACUAGCUGUUGCCUGCGACGUCGUCCGCGUAGAAUAAUAUGACUUGGCAGAAUUCAUCAAAGUCGAUUCAGUGGCUAAGUGAGAUUUAUUGUGAAAUGAAUUGAUCAUGGUUUAAAAAAAAUAAUAAUACCCCAGGAAUUGUGACUCGCUGCCAAUUCUAGCUACUUGUUAUUCGUUCAUCGUUGCCGGUGAGACAAAGAAAACUGCCUUAAUCUGGAUUUUGAUAUUAUUUUAUUAUAGACUAUUAUAGAGUUUCAGUCAAAAAUUGAAUAUCAAUCCGUUGGUUUUGUGUUAACAUCGGAUAUUAAUUUGAACCCUUAGACUAAUCCGUAUAUAAUUCAUAUUUAGUUAAAAAAUAUGUAUCGACUGCUUUUUGUUUUUAAGUUGUGUUUAAUUAUUUAGCAAAAAAUAUCUCGUAAUAUCGAAAUGUAUGUAAAUUGUUGUAAAUAUAAUGUGUUCUCAUGUUACUGUUAAGUGUAAAUUACGUUUAGAUUUUAAUUGAUUUAAUACAUAGUUAAGAAACAAAGUCUUUGUUUU